GCCGACCAUUUUGACUCUCUCCACAGACCAAAAAUACCCCCAUGCCGUUAAGCCACCGACAUGACCGGCGCGCCACAGAAUUCGCAAGCUCAGCCAACUUAACUUGAAGAAGGUGACGGUGUUCUCCAAGAUGGCGUCGUACAGGGUGCUGGAGGUGACGCUGAUCUCGGCCAAGGACCUGAAGAAGGUGACGGUGUUCUCCAAGAUGCGGGUGUACGCGGUGGCGUCCAUCUCGGGCGCCGGCGCCGACCCGCGGACGCCGACGCACCGGACCCACGCCGACCGCCAGGGGGGCCGGAGCCCCAUGUGGCACGCGCCGCUCCGCUUCCCGGUCCCCUGCGGCUCCGACCCGCGGGACCUCGCCCUGCACGUGCUGCUCCGCGCCGAGCGCGCCUUCGGGGACCGGGACGUCGGCGAGGUGUUCGUCCCAUUGCGCGAGCUCGUCUCCGCCGCGCCACCGCCCCGCGAGCAACGGCACCUCAGCUACCAGGUCCGCCGCCCCAUGAACGGCCGCAAGACCGGCGUGCUCCACAUCUCCUACAGCCUCUCGGAUGUCGUUACCCCGCCCGCCAUGCCGAUGCCGGUCAAGGGCGCCCCGGCCCCGGUGACCGCGUACCCGCCGCCGCCGUAUGGGUACACCCAUGGACACCCGUCGUACGGCUACGGCGCCCCGGGAGCCGCGGGUGCGGCUACGUACGGGUACGGCGCGCCGGCGGCGGCCCCGGCGAGGCAGGAUGGUGGGGGGUCCGGGUUCGGGAUGGGGCUGCUUGGGGCGGCGGUGGCCGGGAUGAUGAUGGGCAUCGGCGAGGGCGCCGCUGACGUGAUCAUCGACGCGGAGAUGGGAAUGGACGGCGGCGGAUGCGGCUUCUAAGCUUCCCUUGCAUGCAACUAUAUCCGUCGUCCGUCACCGAUUAAUGCGUCGUGAUUUGCUCUCUCUCAAUAGACUGUUUGUAAACAAUGGGCCGAUUGAUUUAGGUUUAUUUUAUAUUCUUUGUUCAAAUAAGAGGUUUUGGCAGAGCUGAUUGAGGCACAAA